AAGUAUUAAACGUCAAGCUUUCCGUUGUUGAACGACUUGUUUCAUGUUUGGCAUUUGGCUUUGGCAGUUUGAAAAUUUAUAAACGUUAAACGGUUGAAUGUGAAAAGUAUUUACUGUAAACAGUGAGAAUAAACAUUGAAAAUACUAUACUGAAACGAAAUAGUUGUCCCAAAAUAUGUCUACCAGAUCCGGAAAACGGAUUCACACUUCGUUGCUUGAAGACACAGCCGCAACAAAACGAGAACCUGCCGUAAAGAGUGAAAGAAAAACCCGGAGCAAACACAUUAAAGAAGAAUCAGAGGAACGAGAGGUUUCAUUAAUUAAAAAAAAGAAACGUAACAAUUACGUGAGUUACCCUACUGACGAUGAGUUACUCGGAGACACAACGACAAGUAAAGAUGAGCCCAAAACUAUCCGUAUGUUACGUAAAAAUGCUUUGAAAGAAUUAAAUCCAGUGGAAAACUGUGUUCACGAGCCAGAAACAGAAAUAAAAAAUCCUACUAGAAAGUCACGCCGUGGGAAAAAGCUGGACGAUGCUGAAGAAAGUGAAAACCAUGAAAAUAUACCAACUGAAAAUAUCAAUGUGCCAAAAUCAAAGAAAAUUAAAAAGAAAAAAAAAGAAAGUGAUGUUAAUAUAGUUCCCGAAGAUGCACCUUCAAAGAAAUCAAAGAAGAAGAAAAAGAAGGGAAAGAAAUCUAAUUCUAUAACAGCGGAGAAUGUGCCACAACAUUUAUACACUAAGAAUGAGAGCAAUAUGUCUGUUGACUCGUUUCAUAGUGCUGCUGGCAGCCCUAACCCAGAACAUAAUGAUAUUACAGCCUCCAACCAGAAUAACAAUACUUUUGAGAAGGAACAAACAAAUAAGUCUUUUAAAAAAAAUAAAAAAAUCAGUAAUGACCAUGAUAAUACAUUAGAAAACAUAUCAAAGCACAACAUUAGUAGCAAUAUUACUGACAAAGAUAAUAAAAAAAAGAAGUCUGAGCCUAAGGAGAUAGAUCAAGGCAAACAAAGUAUUUUCAUGGCAAAUUCAGAAAGAGAUGAUGGGGACAUUUCAAAUGUUAAUAAUGGACAGAUGAAGACAAGAAGUUCCAAUAUUGUAACAUCUGAUGAGAGUAACAUUUCAAGCAGUGCAGACGGUAAAAAAAAUAAUUCUUAUACUAAAUCCAAGAAAAAUAAAUCCAAAUUGAAAAAAGCAUCACAUGUAGCAAAUAUUAUUAAGGGUGAUAUGGGAAAUGAUAAGAUGGAUCAUGACAAUAACAGAUCAAUAUUUAAGGAUUUAAGUGAAACAAAUGCUGAGACUAAUUUAAAUUCAUCCAAUAUUUCCAAUAGCCUCCGCAGAUCUAGAAGAUCCAUUCUUAUAGACAGCACACUUGAAAAAAGUGUCAUAUCAAAUGCACAAGGCGAAACUAACAAGGAAACAUGUUUGAAUACUUCUAACAAACAAUUACAGUCAAGAAAAUAUCCUGUGAGAGAAUCCACUAGCAAUACUUCUAUUGUGAAUGGUAGUAAAAGUGAGAAAGAUGCAGCAGAUGAUAUGAAUAUAUCUAAUGUAUCAAGUAAACAGUUGAGAAGGAAAUCAACUGUAAAAGACACAACGUUUGAAAAAGAAUCAAGUACUGUGUGUGAAAAUAUAACAAAUUCCACAUUUGACAAGGGAGAUAAACAGUUGGAUGCAACAUAUGAAAAGGAGUCAGAUGUAACAUCAGCUAUGAAAAAGGAAAUUAAACAGAAUGUUAACACAACAUAUGAUAAACCCAUUAACACAACAUUUGACAAAGACAGCUCUGCUUCUUUUGAUGCUUUUAAGAAAGGUGCAACAACCAGAAAGUCAAGUAUCAAGGAUAGCACUUUUGACAAAAGUAACAUGUCUAGAAUUAGUUUCACUAAGGAAGAGUUUGGUAAAGACAACAUUGUAACCAGCUCUGCUACCAAGAGAACCUCCAUCAGGAGACACACUUUUGAUAAAAAUAACAGUUUUACAGGUAAUGCCAUCAAUACAACAUAUGAGAAAGCAUCAAAUACAGAAAGUCCAUUGAAAAGAAAAUCACCAAGGAGAUCCAAAUCUACAGAUGUUCAGACCCAACUUAACACUACAUUUGAGAAGGAUAACACUGAGGCUGGUAAUAUGAAUAGUAACUCUGAACCAAAGUCAUCCCUAAUAAGCUCAGACAACAGCAGUGUUGCAGACAAGUCCGAGAUAUCCCGCAUCAGUAUAACCAGUGAUGAAUCAGAGCACAUGGAGAAUAUUGUCAACACCACUCCAUUGUUGAUAGAGAGCAGCAUUGACGAGUCUCAGCUCUCCAUGACUAAGGCAGAAAGUCCAAAACCACAUACUCCAUUGAAGAGAGAGGGAACAUUCACCAAGGAGAGUCCUCAGAAACAAGAUACUGAGUCAAGUACUCCAACUAAACGAAGGUCGUCAGUAGUGCCGGCAGCGGGUUGCACUCCCUACCAUAUAACUAAGAGUAAUCAGAAGAAGAGCAUGCUGAAUGUGACUCGGUCUAUUGAGAAGGGUGUCCGAGCCUCAGUAGAGCCGGCUCCCAGGCUGACCAGGGUCAUGUUCUGCAGUCCUGUGGACAAUCCUGUGCUCAUUGCCCAGGAAAGGAAGAAGAUUAUAAAGUCGAACCUUAAGGGGUCCAACAAGAGCUUUGUGUAUGAAGAGAGUGCGUCGAGUUCCCGCGCGGGCCGCAAGCGGUCGUACACUCAGAACGACGCGGACGAAACGCGAGUGAAGCGCUCGCGCCUCACCGAGGACCUACAACAGUCGGUGGACCGGCUGUCCAGGCCCAGGACCGUUAGCGCCACAGCAAAACUAUCAAGUACCACUCCGAAGAAGGCUGUCACUCCAUCGAAGCCGAAGUCUGGAGGCAAGGUAUCGCGCACGAAGCUCCCGAAUUUCGCAGCCAUGCAUCAGAAGCAGUUCGACAAGAUGGAGUCGCUGAACGAGUGCCAGGAGCGCCGCGCCAAGAGAGCUCGCCAGCUGCUCACGCCGACUGCUCCGCCUGGACUGCUGGAAAGGAUCAGCCCUAAGAAUAACGUAGAAUCACCUAAAGAUAAAGAUGUCGCUAAACCCAAAGAGAAAAUAGACACACCAACCAAGAAAACUGACACUCCCACCAAGAAACUACCCACGCUGGAAUCAUUACGACCAGGGUUCACCAGAUUUGGGUUCAAACUGAACUUGGACGUAAACCCAUUCAGUAUACCGAGCAAGAUAGAAAAACCGAAGGAAAAGGUUAUUGAGAAACGCAAUGGGGGCAUUCCAAAGCCGAUAUUGCCAUCUUUAGCGGGCGCCACCUCCGUACGCCGCGAGGCUGCUAAACAGACAGUUAUGAGAGAAAAGUCCUUCACAGAGAGAUGCAGCGUGAAGAGAAACGAGAACAGGAGCAUUAUAAAGGGCGUCAGAACUAACAGGCGAUUCGAACUGCAAAUGAAGAUGAGAAACGUUGAGUAAGAUGGCCGUAGGAGGUAAUUAGUUAUAGUAAAGUUCCCCUCAGGGAGGGGUGCAAUUUUAAGGUUAUCCUAGUUCUAAGAGGGGUAAAAACAAUAAAAUUAUGUAUUAACUAAACCUAAAGUAAAUAUAUAACUGUGACUGAAUUGAAUACGUGUUAUUGUCCUGUUUUUGCAUGUUGCACAAGUUUUAAUGAUUUUCCGUGACCCCAGUUUGGAUUUUAUUAAACCUAUACAAGUAAUAUUAUUGUUAAUGUUUCUUAUUUAGUUUGUAUUGUUUUGUAUAAUUUUACAGCGUUUUUAUAGAGUUUCACAGCUUUACUAAUAAGUGCCAUAUGUGUACUUUAGCACAGUUUUUGUAAAAUACUUUCUAAUUUCUACUCCUGUACAAUAGAUUAACUCUUUGUCCUAGGGAUGCUGCGUUAAGUAAAAUGUCUGUCACGUACGUGGGCAGUAGUUGCGUCGUUUUAUGACGCCUCCCCGCCUACGCGCUCCAUGCGAAGCGAGGUUUUUACGCAAUGCGCUGCCAUCCAGGGCAAACUUCGACAGUAUUAACAAUUUGACAUAUUUUUAAUUACGGAUAGACUAAACGUUUGUAAUAAGGAUUGUUCUAACUACUAUCUUAAUCAUGGUAUUGAUAUUGUAUUUAGCCAUCUAUCAGAUUAAACGAUCCCAC